AUGGAUCGACGCGGAGUCAUUCGCAUCCGCUGGCUGACGCUGGGCUGGGCUGCUCCAGCUGCCCCUUCUCACCUACAGCAUACAAGCACAGUGCUGUGUCCUGCUAGCGCUGCUGCAUCUGACAUCGAGACCCACACAGCCGUCAAAACACCGCCAACCCGCGAAACAGACGCCCGCCUCCACUGCCCCGAUGUGCGAUGCAAGGCCUUCCCCAUCGCCUCCCGACCCGACUCGACUCUCCCCCCGUUCUCCCCAGAGCUGCCCGGGCAGCUCACUAUCAAGACGUCUUCCUCAAAGAAGAGAAAGCUUGCCCGUCCCUUGACGAUCGAUCUUGACGCCCACUCGCCAUCGCCAGACACCGCCAUCCCCUCGUGCGAGCCCGACGACGACGCCGCCCUCUCCUUUUCCGCUACGCCCAUAGCCUCCGGGCUUGAAGCGCCGCAGUACGUCCGUGCCGCUUCCAUCCCAGCAUCCAGCGUCCCCUCGCGGCUCCAGACCCAGGCCCAGCUCAGCUCGUCCCUUGUGUCUGCCGACUACGCCUCGUCCGUUGCCUCGUCUCCCGGCACGUCCAACUGCCCCGAUCUGUCUGUCGAGAGUGAAAGAGGAGGAGACGACGCAGCCUCUGUGCGAACCUACGCCAGGAGCCAGUCACCGUUCCUCAUCUCCAGAAGGGCCGUUAUGAAUGGCGAUGCGGAUCUGCCUCAACGUUCAUCUUCCCCACUGAAACGACGAGCAUCCAGCAUGGAUCCCGAAACCACUACAAACAAGAAUGACGAUGCUGCCAACGGCAGUACCGAGGACGUGGAGAUGACAUCGUCCAUCCCCUCAGCGGAAUUGCCCCGCGCCAUGAGUGUCGACGUCGUUGAAGUCUCAGAUACCAAGCCAUCAACCAAUGGCACCGAUUCCCCUGCUCAGUCUGCUCCCCUCCCCUCUCUCACCGAACAAGUCAAGAUUAUCGAAACGCUUCUCAAAGCUGCGGCAGACUCAUCGCCAAAGGAGGGCGAUAUAGCCUAUCUUGUAUCGCGCACAUGGGUGGAUAAGGCAUUGUCCCUGCGUUCGGGCAAGACUGAUAUAACCGAAGCAUUAUUGGGCCCAAUCGACAACUCAGACAUUAUUGAGGAAGUCCUCCAAGAGCCGGGUCAUGAAGACUUUGUUCGCCUCAAACCCGGCCUUGAUCAGCAAUCAUUCGAGCUCUUUCCCGAAGACGCAUGGAAAUUGGUCAUGGACUGGUAUGGUCUCGAACAGGGACAAAAGCCUGUUGUUCGCACGGCUAUCAAUGUUGCUGUCGAUGCGCACUCUGCCUCUGAUGUCAUGUUUGAGCUCCAUCCCCCGAUUUUCCGAGUGCAUCGCGUUUGGUCUGAACUCAGUCCGCUGCCCAUUGAGUCGUCUCUCAAAGCGGACAACCCACCUCCUCUUGCUAUAGCCAGAAGUCGCAAAUAUCAUGCCCAAACUUUUAUUAAGGAUAUAAAGAAGCUUACUGGAGUCCCGACUGAGCGCAAGAUCCGGCUCUGGGUGGUCAAUUCUGAACAGUUUGGCACAACCAAUGUCCAGCCUCAAGCUGCCCUGACAACACCGCCUGAUUCUCCCGGCCGCAACCAAGAUGCAAAUGGAGCUGAAAAUUCGCCGUGGGCGCACUUGCUCGUUGAUAUGGCGGCCUUUGGUGCUUCCAAGGACGCCAGGCGGCUGGCAGCCCUCGAAGAUCAAACCAUAAAUCCCAACUACAAUGGCUCUGCCGCCAUUCAGCUUUUUGAGCUUGUCACAGACCAAGUCUUGAUUGUUGAUGAGCUAGUCGGCAAGGACGUCUGGGUGAGUAGGUGUACGAGCCAGAACCAGUCAAUGCUGGAUAAGGCGAUACCCACGCGAACCAACACCGCAUUGUCCAAGUCAUUCAGCAACCGAAGCAGCCCUAGCUCUUCAGAUGGGCCUGCCACUCGUGGCAGGAUGCAGAAGAAGAAGAAUGGCCGGAGUUUGGGCGCCGUGGGGUUACAUAAUCUCGGAAACACUUGCUACAUGAACUCAGCGCUGCAGUGCGUGCGUAGUGUGGAGGAGUUGACAAAGUACUUCCUUACAGAGGCGUACGCAACUGAGCUCAACAAAUCCAACCCUCUUGGCUACAACGGGAAAGUGGCCAUGGCGUACAACGGGCUGCUAAGAGAGAUCUACGAUGAGGGCAGAGGAUCAGUAAGCCCUCGGGAUUUCAAGAACACCGUGGGCCGCUGCCGCAGCACCUUUGCUGGCUGGGGUCAGCAAGACUCGCAGGAAUUCCUUGGUUUUCUGCUUGACGCUCUUCAGGAAGACCUCAGCCGCAUCAAGAAGAAGCCUUACAUCGAGAAGCCAGACUCUACUGAUGAUAUGAUCAACAACCCCGAGGCGAUCAAGGAGAUGGCAGACAAAGUUUGGGACAUUACCAGAAAGCGAGAUGAUUCUAUCAUCGCCGACCUAUUUACGGGCAUGUACAAGUCAACUCUCAAGUGCCCCGAGUGCGGUAAAAUCAGCAUCACGUUCGACCCUUUCAACAACCUGACACUGCCCUUGCCUGUCGAGAAUAUGUGGUCCAAGACGGUCAAGUUCUUCCCUCUCAAUGACGUCCCUGUUCAGUUUGAGGUUGAGCUGCCUAAGCAUAGCUCGAUCGAGUCUCUUAAGAUAUUUUUGUCAAUCCGCACGGGCGUACCAGCAAACCGGCUCAUGGGCGCUGAAGAGUUCAAGGACCGCUUCUUUAAAAUUUAUGACAACAGUGGCGACAUCUCUGAAGAGAUUGGAGCAUCCGAUAUUGCAGCAUUCCACGAGUUGGAGGCUGUGCCCACCAACUGGCCUGCAAAGGGUAACCAAAAGAAGAUUCGUUCAACGCCGGAGCCGGACGGCACCCUGCCUGACGCUGCCGACGAGUGGAGCAGCGAUCCGAGAUAUGAGACGAUGGUCGUCCCAGUUUUCCACCGACGACCAUACAUCACUGGCAAGGGGCCCGAGGGUACCUCUCCUCCGCACUUCAUCACUCUGACGAGGGAAGAAGCGUCCAACUACGACGAUAUCAAGCGUAAAGUGUUGGAAAGAGUAUCAACCUUUUCCACCUGGUCAAAGUUUACCCAGCAACAAGAGCCUGAAAGCCCAGAAACCACGGAGUCAGACAUGGUCAUAACUAAUACUUCUGAUGCCGACUCAUCUGGAGACAGUAAAGUUGUUGCCAAAUCUGUUGAAGGUGAAGACGAUAUAGUUGACGUGGCCAUGAACGAUGCUCGCAGCAGUGCCAAUGCCAUGCCCCCUCCCGAGCUCCCUCUGCCUCAUCAACCGCAGCUUCUUCGCCGUUUCAAUGCCCAACGUCCCAAGUUUAUCCAACCUGGGGAGUUCCUCGACCCUGAGCUGCAAGGUCUCUUUGAGCUGAGCUACUUUGCCAGUCAAGCUGAUGGCCCAGUGCCCACCGGCUGGGGAAACGUCAUUGAUAAUCACAAAACGCUUCCAAGACUUUCGGACCGCAUCCCAGAGCCGCCGGCCAAGGAAGAGGAUGAGCCAAGCCCCGAGAGCUGGAAUAGCACGGCCUCUGGUAACGAAGACAGCAGUAACGAUGACGAGAGUCCACAACCAGAGUCUCCACAGACACGUAUGGUUGAUGAGUCCAGCGAAGAUGACGCCCCUCCUGGUGCCCGGCAGCUGUCUCGACCCACUAUCACUAGAGUGUCUCGGAAGGGCGGCAAGAAAUUCAAGAACCAUAAGACGUAUAACAAAAAGGGCAACAAGCGUCGCGACAAACAGAUGCGUGGUGGCAAGCUUGCAAACCGCUCGUCGGCUGUCGAGUCUGAACCGACACCUCCCGCAGUUGCCGAUGGUGGCCCAUUAAUCCGAAUUCACGAGGGUCUCGUAGUGGACUGGAGUGAAGAGGCUUGGGAAACUGUGUUUGGCUACACUGGAAAGAAGCAGCACGCGGCACAGGGAUCCAAGACGUUUGUGGACCUGGAGACUAUCAACGACCCGGCACUUAAGAUUAGCCAGAGAAAACGACAGACUCGCCGGUCCCGCGGUAUCACCUUGGAGGAGUGCCUCGAUGAGUUCGAGAGAGCCGAAGUCUUGUCAGAGCAGGACAUGUGGUAUUGCCCACGAUGCAAGGAGCACCGUAGAGCGAGCAAGAAGUUUGACUUGUGGAAAACACCAGACUAUCUGAUUGCACACCUCAAGCGCUUUAGCAGCUCUGGAUGGCGGCGAGACAAGCUGGACGUGCUGGUCGACUUCCCCAUCGAAGGGUUGGAUCUCACCUCGAGAGUCAUUCAAAAAGAGGAUGGAAAAGAAGAGAUUUACGACUUGAUUGCUGUCGACGACCACUACGGAGGGCUGGGCGGAGGCCAUUACACCGCAUAUGCGAAGAACUAUGUAGAUGGGCGCUGGUACAACUACAAUGAUUCUUCCGUUUCAUCUGUUUCUGACCCUUCGUCGGUUGUGACGAGUGCAGCAUACCUACUCUUCUAUCGUCGCCGAACUCAUGGUCAUCUAGGCGGCCCGCGAUUUGGACAGAUUUUUGAAAAGUACAACUCAGAAACGAGCGGAGACGACGGGAGUAAUUCCAGCGAGGAAGACAACCCUUUUCGCGGCUCGCCUUUAAAGGCCGGUGUUGCUCAUACCACGAUCAAACCCCUUUCUGAUAGCCACGACGGGGAAGUACCGCCAUAUGAAGAGGCUAUUCGUAGCAUCGAAGACGAAAGCUCAAAUAACUAUCAAUUUGCGGAUUCAACUCCCCUUGACUUGACGUCUGGUUGGAACUUCAACGGGAUAAAUGGCAGUGGAGCCGAAGGGUCUUCGGCUGCAGACUGUGCCAGCGAUGACGCACAGCUCAAUUCGUCUGGCGACGAGCACGGUAGCUCGGGAGGCUUUCCGGAAGCUGACACUCACAUGACAUCGGCCAGCUCUAUCAAGGGAGAUGUGAUAGGAGAAACAUCAUCACCGGCGGGAGCCCGUGAGGACGUCUUGACCGUACCUACCGGAGCUCCCAAUCCCGAUGACUCUGAUGAGGUCGCCGAGAUCCACUUGGAGGGCGAAAACACUACCCGCGACGAGUGA